AUGAGGAAGGCCGAAGCGUGGUUUCCCUGGCAGAUCCAUGGCAUCCGCGGCUCCUGGGCAGAAAGAAGAGUGGAGAUGAGGGAGAGAAGAAGGAAGGAAGGAGGGGAGGUGCGGUGUGCUAGGCAGGAGCUCGCCAGAGCCGAGCGACGGAGGACGUGCGCUGCAGACGGAGGGAUCCAGAGCCGGCCGGUCGGGCGACAGUACACCAACCAGGCCAGGGGUGGCGUACGAAUGAGGACUUCAUCACCAUCAGGACCUAGCACAUACACAAGUUUGUUGGCCGUUGGAGUUGCUGCACUCGUGGUCGUCGGAGCCUACCACCACGCUCAUGCUCCACAUGCAUGUGGUCUUCAAGUCAGUGCGACGCCCAUGUGGCUGUCCUGUAGCACAGCCAAGUUGACCGACCGUGGGAGCCAGAACCUUGGUGUCGGGCUGACGGCCAUACCGCCUGUGGUUAUCUUGGUGUCGCUGACUGUCAGGACGCCUAUUUCUGCUUCCUUCUGGAUGAACAAGGGAGAUGGACGUGUCAGUAGAAUUUGAUCUGAAUUGAUUGAUCGGCUUGUUUUGAUGGCUUUUUGCGACAUGUUUGUUAUGUUUUAGGAUCUUUUUGAAACUGAAAUUUGAAAAGAGCAUGAGUUGUGAUAGGAUUUUAUAUAUUCUUCGGUUGCUUACUGUAAUCUUUUUGAAACCGAAAUUUGAAAAGAGCAUGAGUUUUGAUAGGAUUUUAUAUAUUCUUCGGUUGCUUACUGUAACCUGUACCUUCUGGUCGAUUGAUAUAGAUAGAAUCAUACUGAUUUCCUAUAA